AUGAAGCUUAAGUGGCUGAUUGUUGUUCGACGGCUGAAGCAAAGAGGUAUGUGGGGAAGAAGAGGAAGCGAGAGAACAAAGAUAAAUGGGGUGAGAAGCGUCUGUCACUGUGCAACGAAGCAAAGUUGGUUCCACCGGUUUAUCUAUAGAAUGCAGCAAGUGAUCUACAAUGAGACAUUCAAAGGGAAUAUGACGAAAAUUUUGGAUGCAUACAGCCUGUUGAAGAUUGAUCCAACCAAAGUGAACCGUGUUUACAGUAUACUUGUCAAGUGGGUCCUGCUCAACAUGAAAAUAUCUAAACGCAUAUCUAUGGCUCUUUACAUUAAUAUUGUUAUCUUACUAGAAGCUUAUGUUACUGGCAAUUACUUGCCAUCUAGGAAUGACCUGGUUCAUCAUGUUGAGAAGUAUCCAACUCCACCUCCAGUUUACUCUCGGAAACAUGGCUCAGUUGUAAUAAUAAACUUGUAUUCUUCAUCAUUACCACCUUUCACCAGGUACUACUUUCUCCUUGACUAA